AUGUUCCUCGUCGACAUCUCGCCUUCCAUGGGCAAGAUGCGAGAAGUAGAGGUCCCAGCAUCGUCCGGCGGCGAGUCCGAGGUCAUCGAGAUGACCAACCUCGAGUGGUCACUGCAGUUCGUCAUGCUCAAGAUACAGGAGAUGGUCUGUCCCACCCGACGAUUAGUCACCCAGAUCUUCAAUGGACGCAAGACCGACAAGUGUGGCGUCAUUCUCUUCGGUAGCGAAGAGACGAACAACAUGAUCAACGACGCUAACGGUGGCUACGAACAUGUCGCGGAGUACAUCCCCAUCGCCCAGCCCAACUCGGCUACCCUGGCCAAGCUCGCCGCACUCGAGCCGUCGACCGUCUCUGGGGACCCCAUCGACGCUCUUAUUGUAGCUAUCGAGACCCAAGACCAAUACCUCGGCAACAAGAAGACGUGGACACGCAAAGUUGUCAUACUGACCGACGGCGAGAGCCCCAUAGAAGUCGAGGAUUGGGAAGCCACCGUCAAUAAGAUGAACGCGUUGGAUAUCAGCCUCACGGUGGUAGGCGUUGACUUCGACGACGACGACCUGCCCUUCCACGAAGAAGACAAGAGCAACAUCAAGCAAAAGAACGAAGCCUUCUACCGCACCUUCACCUCCAAGCUCCACGCCGGCGUCGUCGGCAACUGCGACUACGCCCUGCAAGAAAUCUCCCGCCCCGACGUCCGCCAGGUCAAGUCUACGCUCAUGGGCACCGUCCUCCGGAUCGGGGACACGCAAGUACGCCCCGAGGAGGCGAUCGAGAUCAGCGUCAAGACGAGCAAGUGCACCGCGCUCGCGCGCCCCAAGUCCUGGAAGCGCUUCGGGCGCCGGAAGCCCCUUGCAGCAGGCAAGGACAAAGAGAAACACAAGGACGCAAUGGACGAGGAUGAGCAGACGAUGACGUUCGUUCAGCUGCGCAUGCGCACGGCGUACUACCUCGAGCAGAACAAAGGCAGCAAGGCUGAGGAGAAGAAGGAAAAGGACGACCUCAAGAACCUCGUCAAGGUGCAGAAGGAGGAGCUCGUGCGCGGGUACAAGUAUGGCGCGACGUUCCUGCCCGUCGCCGACGGGGGCUACCCGCGACUGCACACGCGCAAGGGCAUCGACAUCUGCGGCUUCUUCCAGAAGAAGAACUUCCGGCGCGAGCUCGAGAUGGGCGAGGUGUACUACGUCUGGGCGGACCCUGCGAACCCGAUGCAGCAGGUCGCGCUGUCGAGCAUUGUGCAGGCGAUGUAUGAAAAGGGCGUCAUGGCGAUCGCCCGGUGGGUGAGCAAGGAUGACAUGGAUCCGAAGAUGGGCGUCCUCUACCCUUCGGUGUUCGAAGAGGUGGAUUGCUUGUUAUGGGUACAGGUCUGUGGCUCCCUGAAUGCCAUGCCUUUCGCAGACGAUAUCCGCAACUUCCCCUUUGCAUCCCUCGAGACGCUCAUCAACAAGAAAGGCGAAGUCGUAACAGAGCACCCAUACCUGCCAACCAACGAGCAGAUGGAUGCGAUGGAGCAGUUCGUAGACGCCAUGGACCUCUCCGACGCAGGCGAGAAAGACGAGGAAGGCAACCGCGAACCCUGGUUUGACACCCGCCUAUCUUACAACCCGGCCAUCCACCGCACGAAACAAGCGCUCUUCCACAGCGCGAUCGUCCAAGACCUCAACACCCACCCGCUCCCCCCGCCCCAUCCCGAACUGCUCAAAUACAUGGACCCCCCGCGGCGCGUCCUCAAGCGCGCACGCACCGCCAUCGAGGAGUGCAAGAAGACGCUCAAGGUCCGCGAGGUGCCCAAGAAGGUCGCGCGCGUGCGCAAGGACGAGCACGUCCGCGCACCCGACGAAGACGAGGACAUGCUCCUGCUCGACCAGAAGCCCGCGCGGGGCAGCCCGUCGUCGAAGAAGAACACGGAGGCGCGGUCGCAGUACGGCUCCCAGACUCAGACCCAGACAAGUCCGUCGCGCACGCAGAAGAAGGCGGCUGCGAUGGACGUCGGCAGCAGCGAGACGGAGGAAGAGGCGGAGGAGCUCCUGCUCGACAAGCAGACGCCUGCGAGGAAGCCUGACAGGGACCGUGGGCCUCUGCCGACGCCUGCGCGGAUGCCUGGGCGGAUCAUCGGGCUGUCGUUCCCCUUGGAAGACUUCAAGAAGAACAUCUCGCGAGGGGACGUUGUGACGAAGGCGGUGGAGGACCUUGCGUGGGUGAUCCAAGAGAUCCUCACCCGGCCGUUCUCGACAAGACGAUACGAUGAGCUAAUCGAGUGCAUGCAAGAGCUCAGAAAAGUCUCUCUUGAGGAGGAUGAGAUUGAAGCUUGGAAUACUUUCAUCCAGGAUCUCCGGGAAACGUGUCUCGAGAAGGAGCCCGGAAACAAGGCGUUCUGGGACAAGGUCCGCCAGGUUGGGCGGCCACUGAGCUUCAUUUCAUCUCCAGAAGCUUCAAAGGCAGGAGGCAAGUCGGCUAUGCCAGAAAGCGAGGCACAGAAGGUAUGCUUUCUCUGGAUCAUCCUUGCCGCGACAUUCAGCAUCUAA